AUGGCCCCGAUCGUCUGGUUCAUGCUGAUGGACUCGCCGUCCAUGGCACAUUUCUUGACGGAGGAAGAACGCACGUUCGCUAUCGAACGGAUGGAAACGCGCGACACAACGAAGAAAAGCACACUAUCCAAAGCACAAGUUCUAGCUGGAUUGACAGACUACAAAAACUAUUGUCACGCUUGCUUGCAUUUCUGCUGCAACUAUUCCUUCGCCGGCCUGUCGAAUUUUCUUCCUACGAUCGUCCAGUCAAUGGGCUACAGUUCUGUCGACGCCCAAGGCCUCACUGCGCCGCCGUAUCUGGGAGCGUUUGUGGCAAGCAUUGCGGUUGCGUGGCUUUCAGAUCGGUAUGGAAGCCGUGGCUGGUUACUCGCGAUUUGCGCUUCUGUCGGUACGAUUGGAUACGCGUUACUUGCGACUCAAAGGGGAAACGCGGUGCGGUAUCUCGCUAUCUGCUGA